CAACUCGCGAUUAACGUACAUCAGUGUGUUGGUAGAUUCGACGCGAUCACCACGCGUCGCAGUCUUGACUUAGUACCUUACCGGUGCAGUGCGCGAACUUAACAACGACAAAACACGUCGGGUUAAAGACAAUACUGUUUGUGCCUUAGGAAGUUUACUGUGACAUUGUUGACGACACGAAGUUAUUUUUCUAAGGAACCGAAACAGUAGUUCGAAGACCUCAAGUGACACAAUGGGGUAAGCCGUGCGAAACGGCGGGUUAUUGGACUGAUUGUUGGACAUAAGUGUUAGUGUAUAUAGAUAGCACGAGAUUCUCUAAUAUAAGAGUGUUAGAAACAAAUUGCCAAGAUGUAUUCUAUGAACUAUAUCGGGAAGUUCAUAGCGAACUUUCGGGAGUUUUACAACGAGAUUAACGGGGCGACGCUGACCGGUGCUAUAGACGUGGUGGUGGUGGAGCAGCCUGACGGCAGCUUCACGUGUUCGCCCUUCCACGUGCGCUUCGGCAAGCUGGGGGUGCUGCGCUCCAGGUUCAAAGUGGUGGACUUGGAACUGAAUGGCGAAUCGUUGCCCAUACAUAUGAAAUUGGGCGAGUCUGGGGAAGCUUUCUUUGUCGAGGAAGUAGGCGAGGACGAGGCCGGCUGGUCCGCGCACCUCGCCACCUCGCCCAUCCCGGCCGCGCGCUUCGAACAGCUGUACGAGCCCCGGCGCCGCAACUCGCUCUCCGCCGUCGAGCCCGACCAUGGACAGGCCUCCGAUUACACCAAGCGCAGGUACACCGCCGACGGCCAAUCGAUACAGAAACCAGACUUGAAUAAACUAAGGCAGGCGAAAAAAGAUGCCAAACCAACUAGCGAUCACGAUAACGAUGCGUUGUUCGAGAUGGACGGAUUGGAUGGCCUCGACGAGACGCCGACGAACUGGGGCGAUUCGCGGACGCCUAAAACGUUUUCGGCGACGCAGCUGGAGGCCGGGAGCGAGGCCAAACAGACUGUGCAAAUGAUCAGCGCGCACAACGACUUCCGUCCGAUCGAGGCCGCCCCGAUCCUCGAUGAUACCAAGGUCAACGGCAAUGGAAAGAAGAAGAAGAAAACUAGGAAAGUUAGCUCAAAGAAGAAGCACCAACGGAAAUCGUCGACGAGCUCCAUCUCCAGCCAGUCGGACCGCGCCGGCUCCGAGCAGCGCCCCUCACUGCCUACAGCCAUUCCUAAUGCUACAGAUAUCAACUUCUUCAGCGACAACGAAAUUUCUGCCGCGACACUUAGUGAAGAGAUGUCGAACCUGAAGCUCACCGGGGACAACCGCAUCCCGAUGGCGCUCUCCGACACCGCGUUCGAGGUGCACGCCGCCUCCAGAAACGCGGGUUCCCGCGGUGGCACGCCCGUACAAUCCGAUACGGAAGUCGAGCUGGCUCGAACCGCGAAGGGCGACAAAUCAUCCCAGUCAUGGCGCUGGGGCGAGCUGCCUGAGCCUCCAGUCCGCACCGAGUGCGCCAGUUCACCCACAGAGCUGGGGUCCUCUGCUACCCCCGGGUCUCCGGCCUCGCCUGGUACACCGGGUACUCCGGGCUCGCCCGCUGAACCCCUCAGCUCAGACGAAGAGCGUGCGGGCCGUUCGGGGGUGUUCAGCGGUAUGUUCCGCUUCAUGUCGACGCGCGAGGCCACCGAGGCCGCGGAGGGCGUGUACCUGGACGACCUGGACCGGGGCCAGGUCGACCCGGACCUUUACUUCCCUAAGCACCACGUUGGGCGCCAUCGGAGCGGUCUGACGAACACAUCUCACGAGAACACGGGGCCUACGGAGGAGGAGUAUGAGUCCGGCAACGGCCCCUCCCUGCCGCAGUCCCCGGCCUCGCUCGACCCGCCGCACCUCGACUCGGACGACGACGAGAAACUACUCGCCAAAGGCCAAGUCGGCGUGUACGUGCGCGAGGACCAAGUGUCCCGCGCGCUGCCGUUCGAAGAGUUCUGCGCCGAGGGCGGCACGCUGGCGGCGCAGGGGCGGCUGGUGGUGCGGCUCGGCGACCGCUGGCUGUCGUGGCGCAGCGCCGGCCCGCUGCUGCUGUCGCUGCUGGCCUACAGGAGACCGCUGCCUAGCCGCGUGCUGGAGUCGCUAGAGAAGAGCAUAGAGAAGGAAGGGUCAGAGCCGCCGGCCGCGGACGCCAAGCCGCGUGGCUACUCGUGGUGGAGCUGGCGGCGCUCCAACGCUGGCGCUGAGGCUAAACGGUUAGUCAUCUCUACCCUACUACUUACCGAAUAGAGACUCUGUAUAGAGAAGGAAGGGUCAGAGCCGCCGGCCGCGGACGCCAAGCCGCGUGGCUACUCGUGGUGGAGCUGGCGGCGCUCCAACGCUGGCGCUGAGGCUAAACGCACGGAGCCAUCUAAGGAUGAAUUCAAGAGUUCCAGCUACCCCGAAACAGAGUACAUUAGCAUGCAAAUGAAAAUGGAAUCUGCUGAAGGAAUAGUCGCCGAGGAGGUUCGACCCGACGAAAAACUAGAAACAGACGUCGAAGAGGUCAAUGAACCUGCCGAUCUCAUAGACCCUACUCAAGACCAAGAUCCAAGGGACGAGGGUCAAACCAUGCUACCGGAAAACCAACCUCUCGAUCAAGUGGAGCACCCGGAGCACGCGGAGCCCAGCUCGUCGGACUCGGAGCACGAGCAGGCGCAGCGCCCUUCGCGCAGGCACUCCACCUUCAGGAAAACGCUGCGGCUCUCUUCCGAUCAGAUCAAAAAGCUGAACCUCCGCGAGGGCAUGAACGAGAUGGUGUUCAGCGUGACCACCGCCUACCAGGGCACCACGCGCUGCAAGUGCAACGUGUUCCGCUGGCGCUACGAUGACAAGAUUGUCAUCUCCGAUAUCGACGGCACCAUCACCAAGUCUGACGUGCUGGGCCACAUCUUCCCACUGGUUGGCAAGGACUGGGCGCAGUCAGGCGUGGCGCAGCUGUUCACCAAAAUCAAGAACAAUGGCUACCAACUGCUGUAUCUAUCGGCGAGAGCCAUCGGACAGGCUAGGGUAACGCGCGAGUACCUGCGCUCGAUCCGUCAAGGCGAAACAUGCCUACCAGACGGGCCCCUCCUGCUGAACCCCACGUCGCUGCUGCGCGCCUUCCACCGCGAGGUGAUCGAGAAGAAGCCGGAGGAGUUCAAGAUCCAGUGCCUCGCCGACAUCAAGGCGCUCUUCCCGCAGGGCUCCAACCCCUUCUACGCCGGCUACGGGAACAGGGUCAACGACGUAUGCGCGUACCAGGCCGUCGGUAUCCCUAUCGUGAGAAUAUUCACCAUCAACUACAAAGGAGAGCUCAAACACGAGCUGACGCAGACAUUCCAAUCGACGUACUCCCACAUGUCGGUGCUCGUGGACCAGGUGUUCCCGCCGUCGCUGUGCGAGCCGAGCGACGAGUUCUCGCAGACGGUGUUCUGGCGCGAGCCGCUGCCCGCGCUCGACGUGCCGCUGCCCGCCCUGCCCGCGCCCGCGCCGCCCAAACCUGCGCCCAAAACUAACUAGUCGCCUCACUACACUAGAAAUGCCUCUUAACCUUUUGGACGCCAGACGGCGAAGGAAUAUGCCCGGCCCCGGACACCAGUGCCCUGUUUAUCAAAAGCUUGUAACUUGUAAUACAUGUGGAAGUUCCUUUUUGACAACUUUUGUUAGAAAGGGACUUCCACUUGUAUUUCAAGUUACAAUCUUUUGAUAAACAGGGCACAGCCGUUCGAUUAUUUAAGCGAAAUUGAACUUAAUGGAGUCCCGCGUAAAUUUUCGAACCAAAACUUUAAUAUACUUUAAAAAUCUACUUCAAUAUUAAAUGCAGUCUUAUUCGUUUUGGGAUUAAAUAAUGUCUUAAUUAUUCCUCAGCCUAGGAAAACUGCAUUUUAACCUUUUGAAUACCAACAUUUUACUUACUCGCCAAGAGACACAACCCAAUAUAAACUUAGUAAAGUAUUAUGGUUACUUUGACAGCAUACGCCAUAACAAAUAUAUACGUUCUUGGCGACUACUUUAGACGUUUUUGGCGUCCAAAAGGUCAAACUUUAAAGGUGAAUAAGGGAAUGCACCAAGCUCUGUCGUCAUACACCAUUUUUAAGCGAUCACGAUUUAAAAUCUAAGGUUGACUAUUAUUUGUCUAAGUAGUGUGAUUUCAUGAUCAUUUUAUUGCGCCUUUAUGACGCUUAACUAUCUACAUAUGUAACUAGGCUUGAUAUGUCAAAAAUUUUUGGGCUAAUUUGCGUUUCGGGAAGUUAAGGUGCUAUGAUUUAAAAUUUUAUUAGGAAAUUUUAUUAAAUCUAAUUAUGUCUUGUGAUUGCUACACACUUCGCUGCGUUUGCCUAAAUAUUCGUGAUGACAAUCUUUCAUUCGAAGAACACAAAAUAUAUACGAUAGAGAUGGAUUUACGUAAUUACGGCGAAGUAUAUAGGCGCCAUACGUCAGAAUUCACUUGACCGUGUUUGCCCAAAUAUAUGUGUUGAAUCUCUUUCCUACGCGUUGCCAAAAGAAAGAGAAGACGCUGAUAUUACGCAAAUACAAAAAAGCGAGUUCGACCUAAAGUAUCGGUUCGAUCAAUAAAUUCCGGUACCUAUAGAUUAGUUCUAAAAUAAAAAUUGUAUUUCAGAGCCAUGAUAUCGGAAUAAAACUUUGGUCGAGUCAAUGCUAUAGGUAAUGCAAUGUGGAUUAGUGGAAAUAACCUCUAAGUGUCCUCACAUGCAAUGCAGCACUUUGAGAUUAGCCUUGCGUCAGGCCGUGGACGUCGAUAGGUCAUUGAGUGACUUAUCAACGUUAGAUAUACGCUAUAACACGAUGUGUGAUCAAUCGACGCAAAGAAAAACACGACACUUAUAACAUUAUCAAAGAUUAUCGGUACAAAAAUCGCUGAGAUUAUAAUGUUCUAUUUAUUUCUAAUAAUGACAUUUAUAUAACUUAUUAUAGGCCAAUUUAUUUUGAAAUAUUUAUUUGCCAAUGGCAGCACAAUUAACAAAAGAUAUAUCAAAGAACUAAGAUAAUAAAGACUCUCAACCUCCGUGCGAAACUUAUGGGACUGAGUAGAACACGUAAAGUACAUCUAAGUGAAAAUCAUUAUAGAAACUCAAUUUCGUAUGAAUAUUGACAGUCUUUAUUAUUUAAUGUCGCUGACAUGACUUUUGAAAGUAGUUUUUGAUAUCUGCUGUUGACUGUAGGUACAGAAAUUACUUCUAAAAAAACGGAGGUAAACGAACUUAAUUUUGAUUUUUGUGUAUCAAUACGACUGAGUUAGAAACUUACCGAUUGCGAUAAUCUAUCAUGGUGCAACUGCUAAGUUAUAAUUGUUGUAAAAUACCCCACGACAUAGUUUCAUAAGACAUCAGACUAACAAUUUAAAACUGAAAACACGAUUAGUUAAUUAUGUUUGACUACUGCGUUCUUAAAUGCUGUGAUACAACGUGAUCUCGAGUUCGUGACGCCAGUACGCGGUUCGCGAGUGAUGCGGUCACCUGCCGGCCUAGCCAAGGUGACAAUCGCUAUCGCUUCGACGACGAAACGCUUUGUGUCUCUCUAUCACUCUUCCAUAUUAGUGCGACAGUGACAGUAGCGUUUCGAUCGCUACGGAGCGUAAGCGAUCGGCAUGUUGGCUACGCGGCCUGAGUAGCUUAAUUCUGCUAGAAUAUUAAAUCCCGGCUUGUUCAGUGGCAUCCGUUGCUUGCAGUCGCUGCUACUAAUUAAUAACGAUAGCUUUUAUAAAUAGGUUCACUUGUAACAGAUACCAGAGCUGUAGUCUUUAGUAAAGAACGUACGAUAUGCUUUCAUAUUCAAUAGUGCAUCUAUAGACACGUAAUUUUAGUUUAAAAUAUAAUUUACAAAGACUGGUAUGGUUCCAUGGUUGAAUGUAACGUAUCAUGAAUUUGUAGAUUUAAGUCUAGGGUCAUGUCAUGUCAUGUCAUGAGUUUUGGUUUGCUGAUCGUUGUAUGCUGUGAUGUCGUCGACUGAUGAAGCUAUGCUUUAUUUUUGUACUGUGAUUACUUAUUUGUAUGUAUGAUUAAGUUUUCUUGUUUAGAUUACACACUCAAAACAUCCAUAACAAAUGCCAGGGCAUAGCCCUUUUAUGAUUUGUAUUUGACGUUUUAUAGAUAAUUAUUAGUUAUUAUUUUUUGUACUGUACUAUUACAGAGUGUAAAGUUAUGAAGAGAAAGAAAGUCAAAGUAGGUACUCGUGUCGUAAAAAUAGCAAAUAGCUAGUUGGUGUUAUCGCCGCACUUGUUUUGCCCAUCUAUAUGUAUAUCUCCUAUGAAUUGCAUGCGGUGACACCAACAUUAGUGAAACUGCUAGUCAGAUGCCACGAAUUUUAAUUUGACUUACGACUAUUAUAACUACUCUCUUCCUAUCAUAAGUUCAUGAAAAUUGUUUUAUAAUAUUUUGUCUGAUUAGAAUUUGGUAUUUUUCUUUUAAAUUAAAUAGAUAAUUUAUUGUUGUUUCUGUGAUUAUUUUAAUAAACAUUUUAGUAUAAA